AUGCGGCUUUUACGGCUUGAAGACUUCAGCCUUGUUGAAGUGGUUGGCAAGAACAUUCCGCGAUAUGCUGUUCUUUCACAUACAUGGGGACCCGAUCAGGAAGAGGUUACCUAUAAAGAGAUAGUAAAAGGCACAGGCAAGAGUAAAGCUGGUUACGCGAAGAUCCAAUUUUGCGGAAAGCAAGCAGCCAAGGACAACCUCCAGUACAUAUGGGUGGACACUUGUUGUAUUAAUAAAUCAAGCAGCGCGGAGCUGCAGGAGGCCAUUAACUCCAUGUUCUACUGGUACCAAAAGGCGGAUAAAUGCUACGUAUAUCUAUCGGAUGUUUCCGUCAGUAGCUCUAUCGAAAGCGAUCUGUCCUCUCAGCAAAAAUGGAUGCCAACCUUUCAGGACAGCAGAUGGUUUACUCGGGGGUGGACACUCCAAGAACUUCUCGCUCCCACAUCUAUCGAGUUCUUUUCGGCGGAGGGCGAACACCUUGGAAAUAGGAUUUCACUUCUACAAGAGAUCCACGAUGUCACAGGGAUUUCUCUUCAAGCUCUUCAGGGAAACCAUUUAUCUCAUUUCAGCGUCAAUGAGCGAAUGUCAUGGGCAAACGGCCGCGAGACGAAACGCGAAGAGGACGCAGCAUAUUCUCUAUUGGGCAUCUUCGAUAUCCAUAUCCCUCUCAUCUACGGAGAAGGACGUAAGAAGGCGCUGAAAAGGCUUCACAGAGAGAUCAGAGAGUCUCUAAAGGAUAGUUCGCCCACCCGGCCACCAGCGGCCUUCUCUGAGCAUGAAAACGCACCAAAACGUGAAAAAGGUACGGCGUCCAUAUAUACGAUUAUCAUAUUCACACUCUGA